CCGACCGCCUCCAGAGAAUGCUGUUGCUCCUGCUACUCUUGCAUAACGUGAUCGCUCAUGAUUUUCAAACAGAUGCGACAUACUCAGUCAAUGUUACGGACAAAUGCCCUGACGAUGGAUAUUACUACAAAGAGGAUAUGUCUUCAAACGAAGUGGACGGCGUCUGUCGUCUUUGUUUCUGCAAGAAUAAUACUGCUGUGUGCUGGCUUAGACCAAAAUCUCAAUGUCAUACGAAGAUGUAUAUAAGAAUGGAUAAAAGCACCGGAAGAAAUAGGAGAAGUCCAGAUGCAAAUGUUGGGGUAAAAUAUGCUGUAAAAAACUUUUUCAGUAAGAAGACUUCGCACAGCUGUAAGCCACUCGGCACCACACUCAGUGAUGACUGUCCGCCUGAUGAUUGGUGUCUCGGCUGCACGGUAUGCGAUUGCGAGAGAUCCGGCCUCUGGAACUGUCACAUUUUGAGUUUCUGCUCCGAUAGAAAACUGAAGAAACAUUAUCAAAACAAUAAUAACACGAUCAAACGAACACCAGUGGAGAUACAUUCCAAUUUGGACAAUCAAAAUAAAAUAAAUUCUACUAAAAUGCACAGACUAGCGAGAAAAAUGAACGUAAAUCAUAAUAACGUGAAGUCGUGGCGUCAAGACUUUUCAACAACAUAUCAAUAUCCAUAUUCAGCAAAACACGACGACAAUGUAGUUGUAUUCCAGAAGGAUCUAGUAGAACGAAAGUCUAAAGACAUACAAGGUGUUAGAAUUAAAAAGAUUAUAAAUGAAAACAACGUUAAUGCCAGAUUAAAUCACAAAGUAGUUCAGAGAGCGAUGGCUGCAGUUCAGAAAAUAAUUAAUAAGACAGAGAGAAAUUUCACAAAUUCAACAAAACAUAAGGUGAUUCAUAAACGAUCAAUGCCGCAACACGACACUAAAAAUAACUAUCAACAUCAAACAACUUACGUAAGUCCACAUAUGUAUAAGAAAUCUAGUCCUAAAAGAUUUAGAAAAAAGUUGUCACUCAAUAAAAUAACAAAGGAAGAACUUAGGAAGAAAAGAAUAAGAAGAAAUACUGUAAACCAAGCUAAUUUUACGACAACGACAAUUAUAAUAGAUUACAAUAAUACUUUAAAAUCACCAAAAGAAAAAGUAUUAAAUGAGAAGCCAAUAAAAUUAAAUGAAUACGAAUAUUACAAAUAUAAUGUAGUUACAGAAGGAAACUACGAUUUAGCAAAUAAUGAUGGAAUUAAAAUAAAACAUCUAAGUUACAAUUACACUUAUGGAAACAAAACUAUUCAACUUCUAAAGAAAACAUCGCAAAACUUAACUGGAACAAAUUUAUGUUCUAGUACUAAUGAAGUAAAUUUAUCAAUAUGGCACGAUGUGAAAGACAAGAAACAAAAAUUCAAAACCAUAAAUAUAACAGAUAUAAAAUAUCUCACUACUUCAGAAAAUAUUAACAACACAUUGGAUUAUAAUCAAAUGAAUCUGCAAAGAGACAAUAAUAAAAUUCGUUUUGAUGAUUUCGGUCUCGACAAAGAGAAGGGAGGAACUAAAGAAUCCAGUGAAACUGAAGAUUUGACUUUAAUAAAUAAUAUGCUUAAUAGUAAAGGAAUUUUACAGCAUGUUUUUAAAAAACAACCAAGAAAUAUAUCAAAAAAUAGAAAUAUCGGAUCAAAUUUUGAUUUCAUUGGCAAUCUAAGGAGUCUUUUUAAUAAUAUAUUUUUCAAAAGUAAAAAUGGCUUUUAUACAAACAACGACAAAUUAAAAUUAUUUGAUAAAAAUAGUUUAGUAGAAACAUUUUGUGUCAAAAACGUAACUUGCAAAAUUUAUCCUAGAGACGAAAUUAAAUUGCAAAUAAAGAUAAAUGAGUUAAAUGGUGAAAUGUACAAGGUCAUGGAAACUAUUAAAAUAAUAAAAAAACUUUUGCAACAAAUGAUAAAUAAUAAAAUCGAAGCUGUCGACUUAAACUUUAAGCCAAUUAUGAGUAAUAAUUGUAGCAAAAACGGCACACAUAACAAACUGAAGGAAAGACAACUUCAACUGUAUUAUAUCAAGGAUAGCAUUAAAACUUUCAUCAAAUCCAUUGGAAAGUUCUCGUAUAUUCUACAAGAUAUCAUUUACAUUUUGACUGAUAAGAAAAAUAUGACAAAUAAUAAACAAAGGUUACCACAAAGACCUUUGCGCUGCACAAAGACAAAUGAAGUUGGUAAAUCUAAUUCUAAAAUAGCAAUUGCUGAACAACGGUUUAAAAAGAUUAAAAAAGUUUUAGUGGAUUACAAUGUAUUACAAAAUACGUUCAUAAAAAAAGUUUAUAAUAUGCUAACAAAAUUAGAAUCCAAUUUAACUCACACUGAAAAGAAAAGGAAAUUGAAGAAACCAGAAAAAAUUGACGAUAGUGAUUUCUCUACAAGCCUUGCUAUCGAUACAUUUACGAAGAAUAUUAUUAAUAAUCUGAGAAAGCUGAAAAAUUUAGCUAAAAAAUUAAGUUCUGCAACAACAAACAGAAGAAAGAGGAGUGCAGUUGGUGACGAUGACGCAAUCGAGUAUUUAUUAACAAUAAUGGAAUAUUUACUUAAACAAAACUACCCACUGGAUGCUACUCCUGUGAAUGAUGGCAUUGAUUUAUUAAUAGAUGCAAUUAAACAUGCUCCUGACAUAAAACCAAUUAAGAAAAAAGUUCUUGAUGCUUCUACAACAAGAACAUAUCCGUGGCCAACGGAAAAAGCAACCGCUGAGACAUUUUCGUAUGUAGAUAACAUCUAUGGAUUGGAUAGCUUGGACAAAGAUAAUAAUGAUACCUCUGGUUCUGACGACAAUCAAAUUACAUUCUCAAAGUCAACGGAUGAUGGUAACGAUAAAGUAGAAGAUUUCCAGAAACUUCUACAUGCUUCUAAGAAAAUUAGUAAUAGUUUCAGAUUAUCUAAUUUUAAUAAUAUUCUUAAGAAUGCCAAGUUAAAAUCGAUGUCAUCAACAUCCGCUACUAUUGUUACUACGACUCCAAUGAUACAAUAUGAUUUUCUCAAAGACAAUAUUGCAGAGUCCGAUACAGAGACAUCUGUAAAAAUUGGACCUGGAAUUGCAAAUGAUGACCGAAAUGAUGUUGACAGUUUCAAAUCAUUCAACAACGAGAAUAAACCAGAUAAUGAAGAAUUUCCUCCGAAUCUAAUAAAACUCAAUGGAGACAGUGACGUGGAGAUUCAAGUAACACUUCCAACACGAACAAAAGCAACGCCGAGGACAACUCGUAAAUUCCAUCAUAUGGUUCGCGAUAAGUUUGAUAAUCCUAAAAUUAUAACAUACGUUGGAAAGCCUACAAAAAAAUCAAAAUUUGGUUGGGUCGAUUAUGAUUUAGGUGACGACGGAAGCAAAAAAACUGAAAGGAAAAUAUUUUCUAAAUCCACCGAACGAUCAACGGCGCCUGGAGGCGCUUCAAAAAAUCGAGCUCUCUCUACAGCUGAUAAGAACGACGUUAGUGCUAUAUCUAAAGAAAUAAUGGACGAAGAAAAGAGGAAACAGUUUUAUAAAUUAUUGCCGAACUCUGAAGUAAGAAAAUUUACAUCGCGCAAUAUGUUGGACGUGACGAUAAAGUCAGAAGUAGAUUCAGAUUCAAAAGAUACCGAAGGUGAAGAUACUUAUGUCAAUGACGUAUUCCCUUCGUACCUUACGUAGUUAGCAUUUUGCAAAGGAACAAUAUUUAAUGAGCUCUGUUUUUAUCUAUUAAUUAUUUUUAUUUUAACGACAAACUUGUUCAUUAAUAUAUAUUACGGUAGAACUUCACUGCAAUGACAUUUUUGUUAAUACAUAUUCUCAUCUCUUUCAUUCUGAAGAAGAAGAAGAAGAAGAAGAUUGACAAUACAACGUUAAUAGUCUUGAGAUUCAAGCGUUUGCAGAGCGAGACAAACGUAUGCAUUCCCCAUAAGUUUGUCUCGCUCUGGAACGACUGCCGAAAGUUGUUGGUAAGAUUCCGGUUUGUCUAAACGAACAUUUAUGAUUUAACGUUGAAAUGUAAUUAAAAAGAGCAUUUUACAAGGUACUAAUUAUUAUUUAUAUAUAAUACAAAGCAAGAUGAUAUUUGUUAAAGUUAUUAUUUAAAUAUUAAAAUAUAAAUAAAGGUAUGAUUGAAUAUUAAGAUAUGUUCAUCACAUACAUCAUAUAAUUGCCAAAUGACGUACAAUAACCUCACAGAGAUGUUAAAUAGUAAUUCUCUGAUUCUGUCUGAUUAGUUUUACAAUACGUAUGUGUUUCCUAUCGUCAUGUUUGCUGUUUUGUUAGGCGAUAUUUAAAUUAAAAUAUUAUAUAAAAUAUUUAACGGAA